AUGCUGUCGCAUAAGGGUAGAAGUAGACAUUUUUAUCUGCACCGGCAAAUUAAAGUUGAGAAGUGCGUGGAAGAUGAAGCCGGAGAAGAAGAAGAGAGUAACAACGCACCGAAAUGCAGCGAGGCCAGAAUGAAUUUCAAGACUUGUAAGUUUGAUAACCCUGUCUACUAUGCGCCCAUUAUUUCUGCCGAGGCCCGAUUGGUUGCUAGGAUGAUAAGCGAGCUUCAAGCUGAGAAGGAGGCCGUUUUGGCUGGUAAAGCUACAGCCAUUGCUAAGGCCUUUAGCAAGUUGCAAACAGGGGAGCAGCCACCUCUGCCUGCUGAGGUUGCAGCCAUUGCUAAGGCGUUUCAAGAUUUGGAAGCGAAAAAGAAGGAGAAUGCAGAGGGAAACGCGUGA